AUGGAUAGUCGGGGCGGUGACUCGUCGGGCUCGGUGCCGGUGCUGCCGCUGGGGAGACGGCGCACGAAGGAAGAGGCCUUCCACAUCCUGGCCAAGAUGGUCAUGCAGCAGACCAACGAGGACUAUGUGCGAUCGUUCCUCCUCACCUACAAGAAGUUCUCCACCUCGUCGGUGGACGCGUGCGACAAGCAAGAGGCAGACCAGGCCCCGCGACGCAGCCCCCUCCCGACCCGCUUGCUCGAGUUCUUGCGGGUGUGGGUGGAGGAGUUCACCGACGACUUCGCGGCCCAACCGCAGACCGCGUCGCUUCUGGAGACGAUCAAGGAGCGGUGCUCGGCGCAGGUGCAGUACAAAUACAAGCUGCUGUUCUUGAAGACGAUAUCGUCACAUCAGCAACAGCAGCUGCCUCCGCUGUCGCCGCACCAUCACAACAGUCUCUCCGACAGCCCCUCCCCUUCUCCGCGCUCGCCCCAGGCCAUUAUCACCUCCUCGCCCUCCCGCAGCCGAGAAGCCACACCCAACGGCACCCCACGCGAGCGUGCCAAUUCGAGGGACAGCUCGGGUUCGAGAAGCGAAUCGGAGACCGGCGACGGAAGCGAAGACGAAGACGAACUCGCGGAUGACAACCUCACCAUCGACGACUUCACAGCGCAGCAGAUUGCAGCGGAGCUGACGAGGAAGGAGCAGCAGUUGUUCGUCGCCAUUCCGCCUUCCGAGUUCCUGGAGAAGCUUGGCUUCGGGCAAGCGCCGCCUGCAGAUGCAGGUGUGCAAUCCUCGGCGGACGAAGACAAGACGCCACUCAUCAGCGCGUUCGUUGAACAUUUCAACAACGUGAGCUUUUGGGUGUCGACCGACGUGCUCAUGGGCGGCACGCCCAAGGAGCAGGCCAAGAAGAUCACCAAAUUCAUCGCGGUGGCGGUUCAUUUGUUCAACCUCAACAACUUCAACGGGCUCAUGGAGAUCAUCGCCGGUCUCAACUUCUCCUCGGUCAAGCGCCUGACGCCGGCCUGGGCCAAGGUGAGCAGCAAGGACCGGAAGGUGUUCGAGAAGCUGGCGUCGCGCAUGGCCAUCCACAGCAACUACAAGGCCUACCGACAGCUCUUCCAAAAGAGAGCCGCGCCCAAGCUGCCCUACUUCGCGGUCAUCCUGCGGGACCUCAUGUUCGUGCAGGUGGGCAACUUGGAUUACCUGGAGGCGUCGGGGCUGAUCAACUUUGAGAAGAUCCUGCUGGUCUAUGAGGUCCUCUCUGAUGUCAAGCGCUGGCAGCGCGAGUGCAAGGACUUCAAGAUCAAGCUGCCCGACAAGCACGGGAGGAAGGUGAGGCGGUACAUGCGACGGCUGACGUCGAUUCAAGACGAGAGCAUCCUGUUCUUCCUCUCGUCGCUGCACGAGGGCGAAAACAAGAAGUGCGAGGGCGAGGUCGGCGGGAUGGGCGCCCUCGGGGCGGCGCCCCAGCGGCCGCUGCCCGCCACUCCGCAGGGCCAGGGCCAGGCCCAGCUGCAGACGCCGCGGAUGUCCGACGCCAGUGAUCCGGGAGAGGAGACGGGCGAAGAGGAGAGCAGCCUCUCCGACAUCUCGAUCGUCGUCACCAGCCUCGAAGACGACGACGAUGACGACGAUGCCGACGACGACGACUACCGCGACGUGGGCGAGUGUUCCCCGUCGCCCUCCUCCACGACAUCGUCCACGUCCUCCUCCUUCUCGUCGCUCUCCGUCAUCGCCGCCGCCGAAGAGAUCGACUUCGAGGCCGAGGCCCAAACGGCCAGCGGCUCGAGCUCGGAGUUAAACGAACAUAACCGUUUAACUCCGAGACCGAGCGAGGCCACGGAGAAGCCUCUGCAGGCCCAGCAGGCGAACGCGCCUAGCAGCAGCAGCGCUAUCAAGGCUGAAAGGCGACGCAGUCGGUCGGUGGACAACAACGAGACCAGACUCCGGCAGCAGCUGCAGCUGCCCCAGCGGCGCGGCGCGACGAACACGGAGAUCUACGGCAGCCUGCGCUACUCGCGGAAGCACGCCGGCGCGGUGCAGGGGCCCAUGGACGGGUCGACCAUCGGCGGCGCCGUGCCGCUGCCGCUGGCCGGACCGUCGGCCGACGACAGCAACUUCAUGCGGGCCAUCGCCCGGCGGCGCGAGCUCAAGAAGAACCCGUUCGGCUCCAUCCUCGCCCUGCAGGACCUCGUCGCCCAGGGCAGCGGCGGCGAAGGCGGCCACGAGAACCAGACCCUGCAGCUGCGAAUGAAGCGGCUGUGCUUCGCCGAAGAACAGUCGGCAAGCGAGGGCUGCGGUGGCGCCGGCGCCGGCGGUGCUGGAGGUGGUGGCGGUCCGAGGUCGAUCGCUGAGCGGAUUCCGCCGCUGUCGCUGCACCGGAGCGCCGACGAGCGACUGCUGCAGAAGCGGCGGCUGGCCAUCAGCCCGCGCGAGCAGAAGCGGACCACGAUCGAGGAGGCCGGACCCCUCCUGGCCGCCACCACCUACGACGACAAUCACCGCAAGCGGGGCAGCAGCUGGACCGGCAAGUCCAAGGACGACGCCGACUCCAAGAAGACGAAGGACAAGGAGGAAGCCAAGGAGAACGAAAAGGAGAAGAAGCGGAUGGGCAGCCUGCGCAUCCUCUCGCCGCGGCGGGGCAGCAACAGCCGCGCGGUCAGCACGACGUCGCCCAAGAAGGGUGGCACCAUGCCGGCCUCGCCGCGCGGCGAUCGCUCGCUGGCCGGUCUCUCGUUCGUCUCGCCCCGUGCGACCAAGGACAAGUCCAAUGGUGGCAGUCAGCCCACCACCCCGCUGAUGGGCCGGGCCGCGGCCGAGAGCAACCCCAGCGCCGCGGCCGCGCCGUCGCCGACCACCACAGACCGGAACUCUGAUGAGUGGGGCGAGCUCGAGGACGGCGGCGACGAGGAGUGGGAGUUCGGGCAGUGGCUGGAGAAGGAGCAGGAGGAGCAGGCCUGGACCGACGGUGAUGGGGCGGAGGCCGACAGCAGACCGCGCCAGCGGCGGGCGACGGCGAGCGUGGUGGUGAAGAGCUACUGGAGCCGCGACGGGCGGGUGUCGGGCGCGGACGAGCGGGAAGACGACAACGACGUGCAGUCGGAGACGACGACGGCGGCGCAACGCUGCCGCAAGCUGACAAUGCCGCCGUGCCGCAUCUGCUUCACCAAGCUCGAUCCCGACGUGCGCGUCCACAUGGCGCCCUUCAUGCAGCUCCUCAACCACAAGCACGGCGCCACCCACAAGGAGCACUCCUGCACCUUCUUCGUUUACCAGAACGAGUUGGGCGAGCGGGUGACGGUGCGCGACGAGCAGGCGUUUCAAGAGUUUAUGGCCAAGGGCGGCAAGCGGUACAGCACCGUCUCGCGACAAGGCCCCUGCUCCCUCCUCACCUACACCCUGUGGCUCCAGUAA